AUGAGUGAUAAGCCAGACUUGUCUGAAGUGGAGAAGUUUGACAAGUCAAAACUGAAGAAAACUAACACUAAAGAAAAAAACACUCUUCCCUCAAAGGAAACUAUCCAGCAGGAGAAAGAGUGUGGUCAAACAUCGUAAAAUGGG